AUGAAGAUCUCUUCCUCCGUCCUCGCCCUCUUUGCGAGCAUUCCUCUCGCUCUUGCCUUGCCCGCGGAAGUUCAGCCAUCUGUCGAACAAGCAGAGCAGUCUCCCGAGUUGGUCGAGCUUCACAAGGGCGACCCCAAUCAUUGGCUUCAAGCUGUGAAGGAAGAAGCUGCCCGACAGGAAGCCGCUAUCGGCAAUGAGACCGCCGCCCUCGACACCAGAGCUAGCUGGAUCUUCCAAAUCCACGGCAUGUACACCGACCGCCUCGUCAACGUCGGCGAUGUCGACACUUUUUACAUGCUCUGGCAGCGCAUGUACGACUCAAGCAACCAAAACGGAGGACUCUCCGACGUCAGCCGUGGCGCUUGGAGCAAGUUCUGCAACGGUCCCAGUGCCGGUAAUGGCGUCAACACCAACUUCGUCCUCGAUGGCCAGUGGGGCGCUGUGGGUAGAUUGACCGGAUGGCAGAUGCGCGAUGCCCUGAUCCGCUCCAUGUGGAGAAUGGCCGAUGGAAUUGGCAAGGCCAACGGUUACACUGUCUACAACAACUGCUAUGGAUUUACCUGGCAGGAGGGUAAGCCGGGCAAGGCUAACUCUGCCUGCGGUGGCCGCUCCAAUGUCAAGUGCCCCAAGAACAAGGACUGUCCGUUGGAGGGUAUGGAGUGCACCGGAUUGAAGUGGGGUACUUGGCUUCCUAGCAUCAUGCGCAUGAACGUCUACAACCGUGAUGGAUCUCUACGCGCUGAUGCCUACCAAGCUCGCGUCUCUUCCCAAGCUGCUGGUUCCGGUGGCUGCGGAAAGGCGGGAACCAUUGCUGCCUAUGCACUUGACUUUAUUCCGAUUGUUGGUCCCUACUUCGCUACUGGUCUUCGUAUCAACUGUCUUUUCCAGUAG